AUGAAGAAUUUCGAAAGUUCAAGCGCAACCAAUGAUGAACUUUUGACGAUUACGGAUGAGGAGCGUAAAGGAAAAGUCAUUGCAAAUUCUUUGGAAAUGAAGGGUAGUAAGAUUCUGCUGGGAAACAAAACAAGUUGUGUUGUUUUGGUUGUGAGAACAGUGAAGAUCAAUAAGCAUGAUAGUGUUGUUAGCCUUAGUGAUUAUGGUGUUCUAUACUCGCUUGUCAAGUUGGGCAUGCGAAACAUCUUUGUCCCAAUUUGUGAGAGAGUGUUGGCAAGUCCUUAUUUAGUUAGGAUUUUGGUUAGAACAUCCACAAUAGGCUCCCUAAACUACUUCCUUAGACAAAUUUUAGGGAGGAAUCGUAAAAAUGCAACUCCAACCACGCUCCUUAUUCACCUCUUAAAAUAG